UCCCAAAGAAGGAAACAAAGAUCUGCCAAAAGUACAAACCGCCCCCCUUGGAUCAAAUAGGAUGGAGGUGAGGAUGGACCCGAGCCAAAAUAUCUGAAGACGCUUUCUGGGAAACUGAUGCAAAGCUAGCUGUCUCCCCCUCCUAGCCCUCCUUAUCCAAGACCCCCCCAUUAGAGAACACAUUGCAUAGUGAGAGGUGAGGAGACGGGAACAGAAAAACAGAUGUACUCAUCAAUCUGCAUGCCGAUGUCUUCUCCAUCUCAAUCUCUCCUGAAGCCAAACCAGAACCCUCUUCUGGGUUCGGCUCUUUCUUCCAAACGAUGGUCGCCAUCCAGAAGAAGAACUUCUUUGACAACCAGGGCAAUCCUAUCAACUUCCAGAGAAUUAGCCUUGAAUGGUUUCCAUGAGAGAAGGGCUCUUAAGAUUAUUUCAGGUUUGCAAAAUUUUGACAGAGAGAAUGUGUCUUCUGUAGUUACUGCUGCUGAUAAGGGAGGAGCAACUCAUGUUGACAUAGCUUGUGAUCCUGAGCUAGUGAGGUUAGCCAUUGCCUUGACUUCUCUUCCGGUAUGCGUUUCUUCAGUGGAUCCAGCAGCGUUUGUGGCUGCAGUUAAAGCGGGAGCUCUUAUGGUUGAAAUUGGAAACUACGAUUCCUUCUACGAGACGGGCAUGGUUUUCUCUCCAGAUCAGAUUCUAGAUUUAACUAAAGAGACUAGAAGGAUCCUGCCUUCCGUGCCAUUGUCCGUGACCGUGCCUCACACAAUAAGCCUACCUGAUCAGGUGAAGCUUGCUGAGUUGCUGGAACAAGAAGGUGCUGACAUAAUCCAGACAGAAGGAGGGAAGUGUUCUAAUCCUUCUGCAUCCGGAGUUCUCGGCUUGAUUGAGAAGGCGACGCCUACAUUAGCUGCGGCAUAUUCUAUCUCAAGAGCUGUCAAGAUUCCCGUGAUGUGUUCGUCGGGUCUCAGCGUGGUUACGGCUCCCAUGGCCAUCACUGCCGGUGCUGCGGGAGUGGGUGUUGGAUCGGCAAUCAACAAGCUUAAUGACGUGGUCGCAAUGAUAGCUGAGGUCAAGAACAUAGCAGAUUCGUUGAAAUUGCCAAGCCAACGCGAUGUACGGAAAGAGAGAUCGUUGAACUUGUAAUGAGCUUCAUACAAUUACAUACGACGUUCUUGUUCUGGUGCAGUUGUGCUCCUGUUAUAACUCUUGCACAAGAUAUAACUCAAAAUUGAAUUACAUGAACUAAUAGAACCUCAUCCGCAGUGAUAACCAAAUGAAAAGUUUUGGUUGA